AUGUCCGUCCUCAACCGCCACGCGAACGGAAAGGGGACUGGAGCAGAUGUCAAGACCAAUAUCAGACACUCAGCUAGGCCUUUGACCUCAGAUUCCGAGGGCAACAUUACCACUCUAUCAUUCGCCAAAAGUCUGCUCGGCAAGAUCUGGGUCCGGAACAAAAACCAACACCGUACGCAACCUUGGUGGAGGACGCUUUCCUCCCUCCGGAAAGCCACAUCUCGCCUUACGGCACUGGAGGAUGAAGAGCGACGACUCAAAUCCGAGACCCAAUUGGCAGGCAGCCACACCAGUGGCCAGCAUGCGAGAAAACGAUUUGAAAGGGAAAGCCAACUUCGCACCGAGGAGGAGGCCUGGAUGCAGUGGAUACGUGAAGUCCUGUUGCCAAAGGCGUACCUUGGCUUCUCGAGUUUGGUGGGAGACACUCAGUUCGCAAAUCUGGGGGUCGUGUUGGUAGGCGUGCUCGCUGAUAUUGUGAGUGUGACUGGUGCCCCCGAGCCCGUUAAAGGGCGCGGUGACGGUCCAGGAGAUGCCAAGAUGACGGAGACACAGAGGCUCCAGGAAAUGGUUGCUACUGGCGAGGCGAGGAGGCUGGAGGCUACGAGUCUACGGGUGACGGGACUCCAGAGCGGUGAGCUAGUCGAGAGACAAUAUGAUAGUGAUGACUUAGGAGAAAUCGUGGAAAGGGAUACGAGCGAGGGGGACGCAAAGAAAAGGCAAAUCCUCCGCUCCAACGAGAACAAAAAAGUCACAAACACACCGUCUGACAGGGGAGACCUGAGAAGGCCCAGUCCGGCAGCAGUCAUACCGAAGAUGCUGAAACAAGAAAACCUGGCAACACAAAAGAUAGAGGCAGCGUCUGCUCGCCGCCAACCUGAUGUUGGAAGAACGAUGCUCCCCAACGAGACCUUCCCUAGGGGAAAGAGCGAGAGCGCCACAAACGGUGCCGGUAAGGUCGGCAAGCCCAAGCAAGGGAAGCCCAGGAAGAAAAACAAGAACGCGAUAGAUGAUCUAUUCGCUGGCCUCACCUGA